CGAGUCGCGCGCGGGGCGUGGGGCGGUGCUGGGCAGCGGAGACUGAGGAGAGCUCGACGCCGGGACUGUCCAGGGAGGCGCAGCGCAGCGCGGCGGGAGCCCUCAGCCCGAGCAGUCCCCGGAGCAGGAGCAGCAGUCGCCGCCGCCGUCCACGGAGCGCAGCCGAACCCGCCAUGGCGUUGUCGAUGCCGCUGAACGGGCUGAAGGAGGAGGACAAAGAGCCCGUCAUCGAGCUCUUCGUCAAGGCUGGCAGUGAUGGUGAAAGCAUAGGAAACUGCCCCUUCUCCCAGAGGCUCUUCAUGAUACUUUGGCUCAAAGGAGUUGUAUUUAGUGUCACAACUGUGGACCUGAAGAGGAAGCCUGCAGACCUGCAGAACUUGGCUCCUGGGACCCACCCACCAUUUAUAACUUUCAACAAUGAAGUCAAAACGGAUGUAAAUAAGAUUGAAGAAUUUCUCGAAGAAGUCUUAUGCCCUCCCAAGUACUUGAAGCUUUCACCAAAACACCCUGAAUCAAAUACUGCUGGAAUGGACAUCUUUGCCAAAUUCUCCGCAUAUAUCAAGAAUUCAAGGCCAGAGGCUAAUGAAGCAUUGGAGAGGGGUCUCUUGAAAACCCUGCAGAAACUGGAUGAGUAUCUGAAUUCUCCCCUCCCUGACGAAAUCGACGAGAAUAGUAUGGAAGACAUUAAGUUUUCUACGCGUAAGUUUCUGGAUGGCAAUGAAAUGACAUUAGCUGAUUGCAACCUGCUUCCCAAGCUGCACAUUGUCAAGGUGGUGGCCAAAAAAUACCGCAACUUUGAUAUUCCGAAAGGGAUGACCGGCAUCUGGAGAUACUUAACUAAUGCAUACAGUAGGGACGAGUUUACCAACACUUGUCCCAGUGAUAAGGAGGUCGAAAUAGCCUAUAGUGAUGUAGCCAAAAGACUUACCAAGUAAAUGUCACUGAUGAGAGAGAUGUCUUCGCAUCUUCCCCUAAGAAUAUGCUUUUCCUAACAGACUGCUCCUGUUCCUAUAAAGUAGAAAUUUUAUUUUGCAUGAACGUGCAGUUAUUCAAGAUAAGGAUAAAGGAUAGACAAGGUAUAGUAGCUAUCUUUGAAUAUACACUCCUAAGCAGUAUUAUGUUAAAACUCUGUAUCCUGUGUCCCUCCCCUGCCCCAGACUCUCCUCUCCUCUAAUUCAGAGACACGCCGCCACACUCCCCACUUGGUAGCGGUAGGUCGCUGUCUGUCCGGAGCCCUGACCGUUUCGUCUGUCCACGGUGGACAGGGGGCCGAACUUCGGACGUGCAGUGUUUAACUGUUAAAAUAGUACCCACGACCUCCUCAGUCAGCCCCAAACUGGUGCACAGUGCAUGGUACAAGGAAUAUUUAUGUAUUCUGGGAAUUGUAUAAUAUGUAGUAAGAGUAUAUGAAAGGAUCGCUACUGUAUCAGAACACUCUGUUUCAGUUCAGUCUGUCCUGGGUCUGUCACCAACGGUGGAGAGAGCCUUCCACAGAAAGUCACUACAGAGUUUGCUGUUUUUUACUUUGUACAUGGAUUUUUACUUUUGCGCAAAAGCAUUUAUCCUUCAUGCCAGUUAUAUCUGAGGCUCUGUAGAAGCUAAAAGUUCAGAGAGAGGGGUGAUGCCCUCAAGAUCUUCCUCAAGCAUUUUUAUCUAUAUGAGAAAAACCAGUGGGCCCCUGCUACUCUGUCUGCAUAUGUUGUUUUUUGUGUGUAUUCUGCCCAGUGCCAUUUGUUUGGAACUUUAUUGCUUUCCUCCUUUAUUUUGAAAAGCUCCUUUUUAGGUAAGCAUAGACCUUGCUGUCCAGAGAUCUGUUGAGUAACACUACAUAAACUGAUACUUAGUUGAUUUAGCUACAGCAGUACAACAACUUGUAAUGUCAAAAUUAACACAGGUAUUAACCUAAGGAAUGUAGCGUGGGUCUGUCAAAAUAUUAGGCAGAAUUUUGUUUCUGAAGCGUAUUUAAUUAAUAUGGAUAAUCUAAAGGAUGCAUUAUCCAAUAUAUAUCAAAAGCAAGGUAAAACACACAUUACCAGCUUUCCCAUUCUACCCCUCCUCCCCAAUGACUGUUAAACUUUGGGUAGAGUGUGGUUCACUCCUUUUGAACUGUAUUAUAGUUCUAAUGGUGAGUACGUAUUUACUGCAGUUUUGCCUAAUCUCAAUCAUUGAACUUCCUUCGAUUAAAUUUUUCUAAAGCUACA